CAGUGCAGCACUGCAUUUACCGACAGCCAGGCAGCUAGCAGAGAGAAGCUAGGAAAGCUAGCAACACAGCACUGAGACACRGACAAGACACUGUGUGUGUGCCUGUGUGUGUGCAACCCAGGCAUAGCUUCUUCCUCUUCACUGUUUUACUAGCACUUUUACCUCACAACUCUCUUCAAGUGGGACUAGGGCAGCUCAGGCCUGCUUUUCCUCCACAUUAGGAUAAAGAAGGGAUCAGUGAAGGACAAACGAGAGCUUGGAUAUCGGUUGUUCUUUCCUCCCUUUUCUCUCACCUUCGUCCGUCAGUCGCUGACAGCCCUCGCAUACGUGCCGGCAGGAUGAUAGCGGCACAGCUUCUGGCAUAUUACUUCACUGAGCUGAAGGAUGACCAGGUUAAGAAGAUCGACAAGUACCUUUACUCYAUGCGUUUCUCUGACGAGACGCUGCAUGACAUCAAGUGUCGGUUCCGGCGGGAGCUGGAGAACGGGCUGGGCCGCGACACCAACACCACCGCGACCGUCAAGAUGCUGCCCACCUUUGUCAGGUCCAUCCCUGAUGGAUCAGAAAAGGGGGAUUUCUUAGCUCUGGAUCUGGGUGGCUCCAACUUCCGUAUCCUGCGCGUGAAGGUGACACAAGACAAGAAGCAGCCGGUUCAGAUGGAAAGCCUGGUCUACGAGACCCCUGAGGACAUUAUCCAUGGGAGUGGGACGCAGCUCUUUGACCAUGUCGCAGAAUGCCUUGGUGACUUCAUGGAGAAGCAAAAGAUCAAGGAUAAAAAACUCCCUGUAGGAUUCACAUUCUCCUUCCCAUGUGCACAAACCAAACUGGACGAGGCCGUCUUAGUGACUUGGACAAAGAAGUUCAAAGUGAGUGGUGUAGAAGGCAUGGAUGUCGUGAAGCUUCUGAACAAGGCCAUCAAGAAACGAGGGGACUAUGAAGCUGACAUCAUGGCAGUGGUCAAUGACACAACCGGAACGAUGAUGACCUGUGGGUUCGACGAUCAACGAUGUGAAGUUGGCAUCAUCAUAGGUACUGGUACUAAUGCCUGCUACAUGGAGGAGCUGCGGCACAUUGACCUGGUGGAGGGAGACGAGGGCAGGAUGUGCAUCAAUACAGAGUGGGGGGCGUUCGGGGACGACGGGUCCCUGGAGGACCUCCGUACAGAGUUUGACCGGGAGAUCGACCGAGGCUCCCUCAACCCUGGGAAACAGCUGUUUGAGAAGAUGGCCAGCGGGAUGUUCAUGGGAGAGCUGGUCCGCCUCAUCCUGGUCAAGAUGGCCAAGGAGGGACUGCUGUUCGAGGGUCGGAUAACCCCMGAGCUUCUGACAAAAGGGAAGAUCGAAACUAAGCAUGUUUCAGCCAUUGAGAAGAGCAAGGAAGGCCUGACCAAAUGCAAAGAGAUUCUAACGAGGCUUGGUGUGGAGCCUUCUCAAGAGGACUGUGUUGCYGUGCAACACGUGUGCACCAUCGUAUCCUUCCGCUCUGCRAACCUCAUCGCAGCUACACUAGGAGGUAUCCUUGCUCGGCUGAAGGACAACAAGGGAGUCGCCCGCCUGCGCACCACUGUGGGCAUUGAUGGGUCGAUGUACAAGAUGCACCCUCAAUACGCCCGGCGUCUCCACAAGACGGUGCGGCGUUUGGUGCCCGACUCUGAUGUCCGUUUCCUGCUGUCCGAGAGCGGAAGUGCCAAGGGUGCUGCCAUGGUGACGGCGGUGGCGUACCGUCUGGCCGACCAGACACGCCAGAUCGCCCAGACACUGGCCGAGUUCCGUCUGAGCAAAGCCCAGCUGCUGGAGGUGAAGAAAAGGAUGAGGACGGAGAUCGAGAACGGCCUGGGGAAAAAGACUCACGACUCGGCCACCGUCAAGAUGCUGCCCACCUACGUGCGCAGCACGCCUGACGGAACAGAAAAUGGGGAUUUCCUGGCUCUGGAUCUGGGAGGGACAAACUUCCGGGUCCUGCUGGUUAAGAUCCGUAGUGGGAAAAGGCGUACAGUGGAGAUGCACAACAAAAUCUACGCCAUUCCCAUCGAGGUCAUGCAGGGCACGGGAGAGGAGCUCUUUGACCACAUUGUGUACUGCAUCUCUGACUUCCUGGACUACAUGGGCAUGAAGAGCGCCCGUCUGCCUCUGGGCUUCACCUUUUCCUUCCCCUGCCACCAGAAGAGCCUGGAUGCGGGUAUCCUUGUGAACUGGACCAAAGGCUUCAAAUGCACAGACUGUGAGGGUGAAGACGUGGUGGAGCUUCUCCGGGAGGGCAUCAAGAGGAAAGAGCGAUCGCCUGGCCUUGCUGCAGGUCAGGGCCAUCCUACAGCAGCUGGGUCUGGACAGCACAUGUGACGACAGUAUCAUCGUCAAGGAGGUAUGCAGCACCGUGUCCCGCCGUGCGGCUCAGAUCUGCGGAGCCGGAAUGGCCGGUGUGGUGGACAAGAUUCGCGAGAACAGAGCGCUGGACCACCUGGACGUCACUGUGGGGGUGGACGGAACACUCUACAAACUGCACCCACACUUUUCCCGGAUCUUCCACCAGACAGUGAAGGAGCUCGCUCCCAAGUGUAACGUCAACUUCCUGUUGUCGGAGGAUGGGAGCGGCAAGGGUGCAGCCCUCAUCACAGCCGUGGGCUGUCGCCAGAGAGCGCAAGAGGCGCUGCAAGCGUAAUGAGCCGCCCAUCUCGUCACCUUGACAACGCCCUGCUACUCCAACUUUUCUUCCACCCACCACACAGCCCUUCUCUCCAUCUCCCCAUAGCCCCGACCCGGCAGCCGUGACUCCACCUCUGCCCCACCUGGCCACUCUCACAGCCGGAGACAUGUCCACAUGCAUAGGGAGUUAAAAAUACUAGAAUAUUUCACCUUUAUUUAUUUAUGUUUGUACAUUUUCCUCGAUAGCUUGUUGUCUUAGGUAUCUGAUAAAUAUAGUGCAAAAUGUGUGUAUUGCAUAACAAAAGGAUUUUGCUCCAAACCAAAAGGUUUUCUAUACUUUCUGCUGGAUAUGUGAGUUACAAGAGUAGUAGUAUUUUGGUUGAACUCUCAAUUGAACCAGUGAACAUUUGAUCCAAUGAAUGAAACUAACAACUCCUUUAUAGUGAUUACACUCUUUAGAUAUCUUUUCCAAAAAGGCCUCUGUGCUUAUAGGGUGGAAAGCAAGAGUCACGGCUSYAAAAAGUCAUAAUUUUACACACCACCUACAGUACAUACACUCCCCCCCUCCAGUUAAGUGUUCUACCUUGUUGCUACAUAAAUGUGAAUUACUACUAUACUUUAGGUGUUGUGUUUUGUGUUCAAUCCCACCUACGCAUUGUGUGCACAAAUAAUAAAUGUUCAUUGGGCCCCAAGAUAAGAGUGGUUACUCCGAGCGCUUCUGUGUGUACUUGUAACUGAAUGUCUCUGUGAGUCCUAGUGUAACAUGACCUGUAGCUUUACAUGUCCAAAGCUCUAUGACGACUGCAUGCCUUAUUCUGAGACAAAUGGAGGGUACUGGAUCAUUUUAUUUUAUAUAUCAAAAUAGAUUUGUGUUUCAAACUGUGACAAGUGAAUUCAUUAAAUUAUAUUUUGUUGUGCAGUAAA